AUGGCCAUCGCUCCUACUCAGAAGAACGCGGCGCCAAAGGGCACGCCACAGCAGCUCGAUGCACCAGCCCACCCCACAGAGGGUGGAGGGGAGUCCAGCGUGAAGCUCUGUGCGGAUGUGUUCACAUUUGGGUAUGCUCACGAGCCAGUCGUGAACGCCGUCCGCAACAGCUGGGACGGUCAGGCGUUUGCCGACCGAUUCACAGAGCUUCGUUCUGCAGAGACUACGCUGGAGAUGGGAGGCGCGUUUGUUGGACUGUUUUCGACCUCGCGUACCUCCCGAAUUCUCGCAGUCUCGAUCCUGAACUUGCCGGGCGUAAGUGGGCGCGAUAUGUCUAUGCGCGACCACGUGGGCAGCCACCCCUCUAUAAUGAGGGAGAUAGCAGCAGACCCCGGCUUUUUACAGCAUUGCAGGUUCAUCCGCCGGAAGAUCACGGACGCGAUGAAGGAUGGAUACCAAGCUGUAAAUGUCAGCGUCGUUUGUAAGCAAAACAGGCGCCGUUCUGUAGCUGGCAGGAUACUGAUCGAAGAUAUGCUGUUGCACGUUGCUGGCCUUGCUGUUCCGAUGCAGCAUUGCAAUUCUGAUCAGUCAUGGCCACUCAUGAACGGACCCUGCCGGGGGACUUGCGACUGGUGCACGCAUCGGACAGGCGAUGCAGAGAAGGCUUACGAGGACGUUCUGACCAGCUUCCGCCAGUAUUUGGAUGGUGACAGCAAGGAGAGCAGCGCCUGCGUCCUGACGUGUGAGUCAGAGCCUGAGCGUGCUGCCCCGGUCACCGCGCCCGACGACGAGCCGGAGGAGAUUGCCGCGAGCCCGCUGGAUGUGAACCGACUCCGAAACCACCUCCGCGAGUCGGAGCGUGACCGACAGGAGGCCGAACGCCGUGCUGAACGUGCAGAACAGUUCUUGCAGGAUGCUUUGUCGCAAUUCGGCCAGUCCCGCUCCAGGCAUCGACAGCGCAGCCGCAGGAGCCGUAGCAGUUCGGGGGAGUCCCGGAGAAAGUUCCGGAGGGAGCGGUCCGAUUUCGACAGCCGAACCUCCCAGCGUCGAGAUCGAGCGAAUCAAGACCGCGGCCGUUAUGAGACCAGCUCCAGUUACCGCGACGCAGAUCGCGAGGCGUAUGGCCGGAACUCCUGGGACGAUUGGGACGACAACGAGAAAGGGAGCCAGGCCGCCAACGCAGAGUGGUGGCAGCAGCGAUUCGAGGAAGGCCGACCCCUGGACCGCCGGAGGAUCAAACCGGAUCCAGCAAUUCUUGACAUCAACCUGGCGGAGUCCUUCAGCACCACCGACUUGGAGCGCACCGAGAAGUGUGAGCGGCGUGAUUUCAAAGUUACAGCACUGACCCCUCACACGAGGAAGGGCUAUAAGCCGUGCGGCAACACCAAGGGGGAUGGAUGGCUGUUCCGCAACGACAAUCCGAAGGCGCCUCCGAAUGGAGGAGCCCGUUUGGCGAUUUGGCUGUAUCCCAAAGCCUUCGCCUCGGACACCGUUCCGAAGACCCUUGAUGACCGCGAGGAGCUUAGCGCAUAUAUGGCUCUCAUGCCCAGGGACGAGGGUGAUUUUGGCGGAUUCAAGCAGGUGAGAUUUGGAGUUGAGGAUUCAGAUGACGAGUUUGAGCUGAUCAUGCUAACGACAGUCCCAAAACUCGCCAGGGAUGUUGCGCACUCAUCGCCCAAGCUCAGCAAUAGGCAAAGGAAGAAGGUGCUUAGUGGGAUUCAGGAAAUGGUUGCGGGAAACCGUGUGUUGCAAGCAAUUGCGUUCAACGCUGCAGUGGCUACGGAUCACAUGCUCGCUCUCACUCCCACUGAACCACCUAUCUCGCAUUGCAAAUGGACGCCUGAACCUCUUGACGCGCAGGUGAUCGCCGAGGCCAUCACCAACCUCGAGACGGGUGUGCCCGGUCUUGUAGUCUUGAGGGUCGAUGCUCCCACCGAGGAGCUGUGUCUAGAGUGCGAAGACACAGCUGGAGUAAGCGUGGUCAUGAUCAGCCCUGACGGACAUCCCACAUUGGAGAGUACCGUUGAGGUAUGA